CGCACGCUCCAAUCCUCAGCUAAAAGAUCCGCUGCUCUCAUUGCAGUCCAGUCUGCCAAGCGGAGCGCAGCGGGCUGAGCGCACAGACCGCAUCCUCUCACGGAUUUACGUCGUUCGUUUCGUCUUCAAGCAAAGCAGCAUCCGGAGUCACAUCUUUCAGCUUUGGACAAUGUUUCUCCUGCAGUACACAGGACUCAACUCUCUGCCCUUUGACCCCACAACCAGCUCAGAUCCUCUGCAGUUCAACAGUUCCCUGGUGAACGAGUGUCCUCCUUUAGAGAACGCAGCAGAGAACAGCAAGAAGAGGAAGAGGUCCACUCUGCCCACAGCAGAAGUGAUCCACAACCUCCCCAUGGAGUCCAGCUCAAUGCCGAUGCCCAUGUCAGACCCCAGCGCCUGGGCCACAGCCAUGAACAACCUGGGGAUGUCUCCUCUGGGGCUGAGCACACAGACACUAGUGCCAGAUUAUGAGCCAAAUGUGGGCCUGAUGCCUGAGUUCAGCCCCAUGAAUCCACUCAUGCCCGGUCUGGGUCUGGUACCAGAUGUUCCUGUCGUCAAGGAGAUCAUCCACUGUAAAAGCUGCACCCUGUUCCCUCCCAACCCCAAUCUCCCCCCUCCGGCCACCAGGGAGCGCCCUCCUGGGUGUAAGACGGUGUUUGUUGGUGGUUUACCAGAGAAUUCCACGGAGCAGACCAUUGAGGAGGUCUUUGGUCCAUGUGGAGAGAUCAUCGCCAUCCGUAAAAGCAAGAAAAACUUCUGCCACAUUCGCUUUGCUGAGGAGUACACUGUGGACAAGGCUCUUUUCUUAUCCGGUUACCGCAUCCGCCUGGGCUCCAGCACAGACAAGAAGGACAGCGGGCGUCUCCACGUGGACUUUGCCCAGGCCAGAGACGACUUGUACGAGUGGGAAUGUCACCAGCGCAUGUUAGCCCGAGAGGAGAGGCACCGACGCAAGAUGGAGGAGGAUCGACUAAGACCGCCUUCUCCUCCUCCCAUCGUCCACUACACCGACCACGAGUGCAGCCUGCUGGGGGACAAGAUCAAAGAUGAUGUGAAGUUUGCCGAGGCUGUCCGGGUGCUCCUGACCUGGCUGGAGCGAGGUGAAGUCAAUCGCAGAAACGCCAACAACUUCUACUCCAUGAUCCAAUCCUCCAACAGCCACAUCCGCAGACUGAUGAGUGAGAAAGCCCAGCAUGAGAAGGAGAUGGAGGAGGCCAAGGAAAAGUUCAAGAGCGCACUGGCUGGGAUACUGGGCCAAUUUGAACAGAUUGUGUCUGUAUUCCAAGCUGCUUCCAAACAAAAGGCAUGGGACCAUUUCUCCAAAGCUCAGCGCAAGAACCUGGACGUUUGGCGUAAGCAAGUACAGGAGAUCAGAAACAUGCACAAUGAGCAGCUGAUGGGGAUCAGGCGAGAGGAGGAAAUGGAGAUGUCUGACGACGACAUGGAAGAUCCCCCCAGCAGCAAACUCUCAGAGGACUCAGUUGUAUCCCAAGCCGAAGCACUGAAGGAGGAGAAUGACUCUUUGCGCUGUCAGCUGGACGCCUACAGGAACGAGGUGGAGCUCCUCAAACAAGAACAGAACAAGAACCAGCCCCACAGAAGUGAAGAAGAGAAUACGCACUCACAGCAACUCAGCUUCCUCCAGCAAGCUUUGCAGGGCAUGCAGACGCAACUCUUAAAAAUGCGCGAGGACUUAAAACAGCGCGAGUCAGACCUGGAGAAGAGUUUGGACGACAAACAGCAGCUGAAGAAAGAAGUCCAGACCCUGAAGGAUGGUCUUCAGCAUCUUCAGAGUCUACAGCACACAGACGGAAUGCAGCUGGAGACGUUGCAGGAAGACGACAGAAGCCCAGAGGAGAACGUUGAUCAAACCACUGAAGUGUCUGUAGCGUCCACAGUGGUGUCGUGCAGUCAGGAGAAAGAUGCUCCAACAGAGAGAAGUCCACAGAGCCCUGUCCAGUCAGAGAGAGAGGCUCUGCUAGUUGGAAUCAUCUGUACAUUUCUUCAUGUUCACCCGUUCGGAGCCAGCCUCGAGUACAUCUGCUCCUACCUGCAGCGUCUGGACUCCAAGAUCACCACAAGUGAAGUGGAGGCGCUGCUCUCUCGGCUGCCGUGCACCUUCAGACAGGAGCUGACAGGAGUAGGAGCCAGUUUAGAAAAACGUUGGAACUUUUGUGGAUUUCAGGGCAUCAACAGUUUAUAGACUCCUCCCUAACAAGGAGACAUGGGACAUUAUUCUGGUGCGAAAGGUUGACCGAGCUGAACAGAGUGGUGACAAUGUGGAUAUCAUCCUUUUUACAACUGAAACCUCUUGUUUAAAUGUUUAUGUGAUUUGUAAAACUAAAUAAAUGAACUGAAUUAUUGUUGACCGCUUUAGUGAAAUGCACCAUCAUUCUUUAGCCUUCUAGCAAACAUUAGGUUAGGACUGGGUGACAAAGGCCAGUUUUGUUUUUUUUUUCUCAAAUUGAUUGAUGAUUAAUUUUUAUUUUUGUUUUAUUUUAUUAUCUCAUUAAAAAAUACAAAUGGUUUACGAUAUUCAUUUUAUAUAUUGUUCAUGUAAGUUUUAUGAUGACCUCUCCAUUAAAAAGACCCCAGUUUAUCAUUGAUUACAGACGACAGAUUUUUUAUCAGAAUUAAAUUUGAUUUCGUAGCUCUACUUUACGUUUGUGAAAGUUAUUUAUCCUCUGUAAUUUAACCCAAUCCUAUAUGUCUGUGCCCCUCAUCUCACCAGUGUAUAAUGGUAACACACAAGAAUGAAUGUGAAAGUGGAUUUGUGCAUGUGUCUGUUUCAGCUCUCUGAUUAAACAGCCACGAUACCUGUCCUGGGGUCCAAAAUUACAAAAAUGUGGAAAAAUUAUUUGAAUGAUUACAAUUUUUUCUCAGCCUAUGGGACGACAUGGUCAGUCACAAAGUUAUACCAGAGAUUUGUAUUAUAGUAUAUUGGUAUUAGGAUUUUUUGUGCAGAAUAUGUGAUUUUUAAUAAACAUAUUUUUUCAUAA